AUGGCCCGACAAUUACAGCCGCGCUUCGUCUCCACGCCGCUGAUCGUGUUCAGCAUAUCGCUCUCCCUCACAAUCUCCUCACUCACUCUCAGUCCUGCAACAGCAGAGUCCACUCAUGUUUCUCCCAAGCGACGCAUUCGAAGACUGCUCGACCUAGUCAGUAACCCCCUCGGCGGCUCCAUCCCCUCCUCAUUCUUCAGUGCGACGCCGACCUCUGCGGCAGCGCAGCGCGUGCUGCUGGGCCAGGCUCUAGGCGCGGAGCCCGCGGCGUCGACUCAGCUAUCGUCUGUGCAAUCCUCUGUUGUACUGGCGAGCGAUCAGGGCGUGUUCGAGUCGGUGAAGGCGACGGUGGGUGCGACGACCGUGCAGGCGUUCGGCAUCGCAGGCGACACUGUGGACGACGUGCGCGAGAGAAUCGAGGGCGGCGAGUUCCCCCCAUCGCUGCAGCUGCGCGUGGCGGUGGUGUGUGCGGGGAUCAACGACGUGCUGCAGGGGAGAACCAGCGCCGCCACCAUGGCCUCCAAGGUGGCAUCGCUGGCGAUCAGUGUGCGCAAGGCACACCCCUCCACCUCCGUGCUCGUGCUGGGACUGCUACCCGAGUCUCCUUCUUGUCACCCUCUUCUCAUUCAUCUUCCCUCCUCCCCUACUCCCCUCCUCCCCUGCUCCCCUCCUCUCCCUCCUGUUCCCCACUCGCUCCAUCGCUGUCCCCCACAGUGGACGGGGUGUCGUUCCUCGACUGCUCAUCUGCCUUCACCAAUCCGGGGGGCUCCAUCAAUGCAGCAGCCUACGCACCUCACCCCUUCCCCGCAGCACCCCUUCCCCGCAGCACCCCUUCCCCGCAGCACCCCUUCCCCGCAGCACCCCUUCCCCGCAGCACCCCUUCCCCGCAGCACCCCUUCCCCGCAGCUACCCUUCCCCGCAGCACCCCUUCCCCGCAGCACCCCUUCCCCGCAGCACCCCUUCCCCGCAGCUACCCUUCCCCGCAGCACCCCUUCCCCGCAGCACCCCUUCCCCGCAGCACCCCUUCCCCGCAGCACCCCUUCCCCGCAGCACCCCUUCCCCGCAGCACCCCUUCCCCGCAGCUACCCUUCCCCGCAGCACCCCUUCCCCACAGCACCCCUUCCCCACAGCACCCCUUCUGCUACCUCCUCUCUCACCUGCAAGUCGCAAGGCAUGGACUCCUUCUGCGGGAUACAAGGCUUGAACACCCUACCCCCACCCCCCUUUCCCCUCCUUCUUGUCUGCUCUGACUCCUUCCGCUACCUGCACCUCUCAGCUGCGGGCUACAAGGCAUGGUCGGCGUGCUUCACACCACAAGUCAAGACCAUGCUCAACACUGGAAAUGGGACGAAUGGGAAUGUGACACAUGGGGAUAUGACACAUGGGAAUGUGAGACGUGGCAAUGAGACGAAUGGGAAUAUCACGGACGGCAAUGUGACGGGUGGGAGCAGAGGGCCUACAGUAGCAAAUCCAGUGGAGAAGCAACCAGCCUCUGACACCGUGCCAUCUGCCCCGGCUAAUCUGCCCCCUGUUUCUGCUCCGCUCCCACCUCUACCUCCUCCUCUCUUGCCAGAUCCUCGCCCCAAGCUGCUUCCUCCCAUCGCUACCCCAUCCUUACGAGCCCCCUCUGCACCCGCUCAUUCCCAUCUGCCAGCGCUUGUGAGGUGCGGCACGCGGCUCGAGGUCACCGGGCUCGACGGCCUCGCGCUCGGCGCGUCCUCGCUCAGCCAAUCAGCGGCGGACGCGCUGGGCGCGUCGCGAUGCGGCGCGCAGCACGCCGCCGCGAAUUCCGUGUCAAUGCUGGAUCAGUCGUUCGUCGUCCUGCCGCCCAACUCCUCCGCGUUUCACGGCGCGUCUUACGGCACCCCUCACGCGCCUCGUCAUGGAGCCGCUGGUGGGGCGAUCCGACCGUCAAUUAAUCCCGCGAUCAGUGCUCCGCCGUUGAUUCCACGUCCCCCUACAGGCAGUCCCGUUACCGCGAGUUCUGGUGCUGUUCCUGCCGCGUCUGUCGCCGUCUCUCCCGCUGCGGGCUCAGCUGGUGCAUCAAACCCAUCGUCCAUCCCAGAAGAGCAGCAGCCUCAGCCGCAGGAUCAGACCCAAGAGCAUCCCCAGCAGAGGUCAUCAACGGCUGAGAUUCAGUCUCAGAGUUGGUCUCAACUUCAGGUUCAAUCUCAGCUUCAUCCGCAGCAGCAUCAGCCGCCACCAAUCAGAGCCACGCAUCCGCCAACCGUUGGUGGACACGUGGCCUUCCCAUCACACGCCGCCUUCCAGUCGCCGUUGGGUCGCAGGGCGCCCCCCGCCCGUCUGGACGAGUCUUUUGUGGUGCUACCCGGCUCGGCUGCUUCUCUCUACGCCCCUCCUCCUGCCCUCCCCCACGCGCCCUCCUCCUCCUCCUCGCACGCCCGCCCCUCUCCCCACACCCACCCCUUCCCCCUACCCCCCACCAUGUCCGGUGCUGCUGCUAACGCACCUGCGCCUGCUGCUAUCCCUCCUUCCUCACCCGCUGCUGCUGCCACCGCUGCUGGUGCCGCUCGCCCUGGCGUCUCUGCGAGUUCUGCAUCUCCCUUGUUGUCACAAGGAGGGGUGGCAGCAGCCGUAGCCGUGACUGCAGCAGCAGCUGCUGGUGGUGGUGCUGCUGGUGGUGGUGGUGGUGGUGGUGCUGGUUCUGCUGCUGGUGCUGCUGGUGCUGCUGGUGCUGCUGGUGCUGCUGGUGCUGCUGGUGCUGCUGGUGCUGCUGGUGCUGCUGGUGCUGCUGGUGCUGCUGGUGCUGCUGGUGCUGCUGGUGCUGCUGGUGCUGCUGGUGGUGCUGGUGCUGCUGGUGCUGCUGGUGCUGCUGGUGCUGCUGGUGCUGCUGCUGCUGCUGCUGGUGCUGGUGCUGGUGCUGGUGCUGCUGGUGCUGCUGGUGCUGCUGGUGCUGCUGGUGCUGCUGGUUCUGCUGGUGCUGCUGGUGCUGCUGGUGGUGCUGGUGCUGCUGGUGCUGCUGCUCCGUCCUCUGUCUCUCAAUGCUACCGAGGCGAGGGCACAGGUUCAGAACAGGUGCUGCCUGAGAAUGUGACGGUGGGAAUCGGUUCAAAAGGGUUUGUUGCUGAUGCGGGGAGAGGGAGAGGAGGGAGUGAGGAAAAAGAAAGGAGGGGAAACGUGGAGGAGGAAAGGAGAGAGAGCGAGGAGCGGGAGGGUGAAAGAGGGGAUGGUAUAAUAGGAGGGCCGGAGAGAGGAGGCGAUAGAGAGGAGGAUCAAAAUGAUGCUGAGGGUGACGAUAGCGAAAGUGGUGAGCAGCAACAGCAGCAGCAAGAACAACAACAGAAACAGCAGCAGCAGCAGCAGCAAGUCAAAGAGAGAGGCAGUGAGAGGGGGGCAAGGGAGGUGCAGGCAGGGGGGGGUGGCCUGGCGGGGCAGAUAGAGGCGGUGGAUCGAGUGUUUGACCUGGUGGCUCUGAGGACCAAGGUGGAGAUGCCCCUCUGCUGCCACUGCGCCCACCACGUUUGUCGCGAAAUCGAUGCUCAGGUGAGGGAGGCAGAGGAAGAAAUAGCCGCGUACGAAGCAGCACUGCAAUCCAUCCUUGCCUCCGCCCCCUCCCCCUCGGCCGCCGCACACCACCCCUUCCCAGUCAACCAUGCGAGUCCUUUCUUCACGCCCACUGCUGCUGGGUCUCCAAUGGGGGAGGGCACAUUCAGGCAGCACAUGGCCGAGGUGGAAGAGGAGGAGAGGCGGCUGCAGCAGGAGGCGGAGGAGCUGGAGCAGCAGAGGACGCAGCUGCGGGCGCAACUGGGGGAGGUGGAGGCGGAGCAGGCAGAGCUUGAUGCCGCUGAGGAGAGGUACUGGCACGAGUUCAACGAGUUUCAGUACAAAGUGUCUGUGCACCAGGAGGCACGGGACGGCUUGCUAGCAUCCAUAGAAGCAGCGGCAGCGCAGUCAGACGCAUUGAGGCGCAGCUUUGUGCUGAACGACGCCUUCCACAUCUGGCACGACGGGGACUUUGGCACCAUCAAUAACCUGCGCCUUGGCCGCCUUCCCUCUGUUCCCGUGGAGUGGGAGGAGCUGAACGCGGCAUGGGGGCAGGCGUGCCAUCUGCUCUUCACACUCGCCCGCAUUGCCAACUGCCCCGUCGCCCAUCGCAUUAUCCCCAUGGGCAGCUUUCCUCGAGUCUCUGACGGCCACAACCAGUUUGAGCUCUUCGGCCCAGUGAAUCUGUUUUGGAGCACUCGUUACGACCGGGCAAUGCUGCUCCUCCUGCACGCCCUCACGGAGUUUGCCGCCUUUGCCAAUGCACACGACCGUGCCAACCACCUCCCGCCUGAAAAGUCCUUCCAGCUGCCCUACAAGAUCGAGGGGGACAAGAUCCAAGGGCUGACAGUGAAGCAGAGCUUCAACCGGGAGGAGAGGUGGACCAAGGCACUCAAGUACCUGCUGUGCGACCUCAAAUGGGCGCUCGUGUGGACCAUGACCAACUUCCACCCUCCUCUCCCUACGCCGCCACCUGCCAUCCUCAAUCUAGUUUCGCACUUCGACCCAGCCUGA